AGACACUUAAAAUGCAGUCCAUAUACUGCACUGGAAUAAUACUUUUGAUCUCUGGAUCUUUGGUGGAGGCAACCUCAGUCGGUAAAGUGAAAUCCUGGGAGUACAGUAUAAUAUCGGCGUCCAUGACGACAGACAAUAAGGAGGUGGCUGGCGGCGAAACUCACGUCGAUCGUAUUAGUAGCGGUGAGUACGGACUUACUGGUACCCUGUAUACCAACGUGGAUGUUCCCCAGGACGCGGAGGUUACCAUUACAAUCUACCGCAGCACCGAUAACGGUGAGACCUAUAAGAUCCAGCCGUAUUCGAUACCGCGCCAAACUAUAUAUAGCGCCAUGAACGGUUUCUAUAAGAAGAUAAUCAUGCCGAGCGCGGCCAACUGCUCGAAUUUUCCCCAGUUCAAGGACACCUUGCAGUUCAUUCCCGCCCAGGUGUUCAAGUACGAAAAGUGCCAGGUGAGCACAGAUGGAUUUCCGCAACAUAUUCCUAAUGGCUGGUACAAGGGCGUCGCCGAAACCUACGGAUUCGUAAAGGUCAUCUGGACGGGCGUCUUUGCUGUCACGCAGAAAUCCUUAUAG